AUGAAUUUUUCACCUAAAGAAGUUAUAAUCGAUCUAGAUAAUAAUGAAAAAUUAAAAGUCAAAUCUUUAAUUUGGAAAAAUACUUUCCUUUACCCCUCAACUUACUUUCUCAUUGCACAAGCAUUAGUUUCUGGACAUCACCUUGAAUACUCUAUUCCAAUUUUUAAAAAUUGUCAAUUAUUGCAAAAAGCAAAAUUUUUGUUUAAGAAUGAUAAUGAAAUUGUUAUAGACAAUAAUUUAUUUUUUAAAAUUGGUCAAUAUUUCUUAAAAAAUUUGACAUGUUUAUGGUUAGAAGGAAAUCUAUUCUUUUCUACAAAUGAAAAAAAUAAAAAUUUAAGGGGUGAAAUUGAUUUUCGGUAUGCUAAUAAUUAUAAGAUUGUUGAUAAUAGUCAUACCAGUAGCGAAGAAAAUGAAUAUGUCAUAAUUUAG